ACAAAGCCCCAAUUGAUCAAAACACUGUGUCAGAGCAGGCAAAGAAACAGAAGCUGCACAAUGAGGUGUCCUGCCGUUUCAUUGCUGCUCCUGAUCGUCGCUGUGGAAACAGGAUGCUCAACAGGAAGCAGAUUCUUCAUCUCAGCUCCAAAUGUGUUUCAUGUGGGAGUUAAAGAGAAAGUGUUUGUCCAGAUGGGAGAGCCUUAUCUCGACAGACCUGUCACUCUCCACCUGGAGGACCAGAGCAGCGGCACUCUUCUGUCCGAGAGGGAAACCGUUGUGUGCACCCACAAACACCACUUCACAACAGCUGAGCUCAUGAUUGACAGUGAAGUUAUGUCAAGAUUUGAAAAACAUCCUAAGUACCUUUUGUUAGUGGCAGAGAGCCCAGCCUUCAGUGAAAGGAAGAUGACAAAGGUCCUGGUAUCAAAGCACAGGGGUUAUAUCUUCAUUCAGACUAAUCAACCAAUGUACAACCCAAAACAGAAAGUGAGUUACAGGAUAUUCACUCUCGACCACACGCUCAGGCCUCAUGAGGCAACGCUGCUCAUAUCAGUAUUUAAUGCAGCUGGAAACAGAAUAAUGAGGACCUCCAGGAAAACAAAGGGGGGAAUAUUCAGUGACAAUUUGCCCAUACCUGAUGUUUCUGGAACCGGCACAUGGAAGAUUAAAGCUCACUAUCCAGAAGAUGAAGCGAAUGCUGUUUCUCGAGAGUUCAAAGUUAAAAAAUUUGUUUUACCAAGUUUUGAGGUGAACGUCAAAAUGGAGCAGAACUGUGUUUUGUUGAAAGCUGAAGAGUUUGUCUUCACCAUCUCUGCCAUGUAUUCCCAUGGUGAGAUGGUUAAAGGAGCUUACCACUGCAAAUUUGGCGUGUCAACAAAAGGUGGAGCUUCUGGUCAAAAAAGAAACACUGUCAUUAUUAGGGGACUGGAGCUGACUGGCUCGGUCCAGGAUGGAACAGCAACAGUUUCUCUCCCUAAAGCAAAGUUAAAUGAGCGACUCCAGAAAGACCUGAAACUGACCCUCUCUGAUUUACAGCAAAGACGAGCACAAGUCUAUUUGGGAAUAUUCGUCACCAACAUAAAAAGUGGUGAAAUGCAAGAGACAGAAGUUUAUCUUCCUGUCCUCUCCCACAAAUACACCGUGGAUCUCUCUCGAACUCGCUCACACUUUGUUCCUGGAUACCCACUAGAUGUGGUGGUGAUCGUGCGUCUCCCAGAUGGGUCUCCAGCACCUGAUGUGCCAGUCAGGAUUGACAUACCAGGAACUUCAGAGCUAUUUAUGCAAGGCACUACUAACCAGGAGGGGGCAGUGUUUCAUACCUUUAAUAUUAACACUGCAGCUAUGAUUACUGUUGAAGUGACUGCAGACGACCUGCAUCAGAGGAAAACAAUUCAACGCGCUUCAUCUCCAAGGGACAGCUACCUUUACAUGAGUCUUGCCAACAAGCUGUACUCUGUGAAUGACGUACUUGCAGUAACGUACAACACCGUGAAUGGCCCAACUGCUGGGUUUAUAUACUACAUGGUCCUGAGCCGCGGCACCCUGAUUAAACAGGGAUCUCUUCAAUUUGGCAGCUCAGUGAAAAACAACCUGCAGAUAACACAUGAUAUGGUUCCAUCCUUCCGUCUGAUAGGCUACUUCUACAACCAGCAUGGUGAAAUCAUCGCUGACUCUGUGUGGGUAGAUGUCAGGGAUGAAUGUGAGAUAAAGGUCAAGGUUACACAAAAAGGAAGUUCUGUACCUGGAAAACAGUCGACGCUAGAAUUUGACUUACAUGGUCAGAGAGCCCGAGUUGCUCUGCUCGCUGUGGAUAAGGCCUUCUACGCUCUCAAUGCUGAUAAUAGACUCACAGCCAAACAGGUGUUUUCUGCCAUGCAGUCAUACGACCUUGGUUGCUCAUAUGGUGGAGGAUCUAACCCAGAAUCUGUAAUAGGAGAUGCUGGUCUGUCUUUCAUAUCCCAGUCCCAGUCAAAGGGUAGAACAGAAUUUCGCUGUGGUUCACAAUCUGCACGACAGAGACGCGCUGUGGACCUUCAGCUGGAGAUGAUGACCUUAAAAUCAAACUUUUCCAAUGAAAAAAUUCAAGACUGUUGUGGUCACGGGUUUUCUCGCAUCCCCAUGAACCUGACCUGUCAGGAAAGAGAAAAGAGGGUCUCUCUGGUGCAGAAAAGUCAAGAGUGUGCAGACGCCUUUUUAAAAUGCUGCCUGGAGGGAGAGCGUCUGAGGCACAAAAAGAUACAAGAGGAUGCCCAGAAGGGAUUUGGCCGGACUGCAAGUGAAGCUGACAUUGAAGAGUUCUUCUUGGACACUGCUCAACAGUACAUUCGACGAUUUUUCCCUCCCAGCUUUGCAUUCACUGAAUUUAAUGUGGAUGGUAAACACAGGUAUUCUCUGACUCUGCCCGAUUCCAUUACUACAUGGGAAAUUCAGGUCAUCGCAUUAUCUGCAGCCAGUGGUUUUUGUGUGGUUCAACCGACUGAGAUCAAAGCCUUUAAGACGAUGUUUGUGUCUCUGAGACUGCCGUACUCAGUGAAAAGAUACGAGCAAAUGUCCAUUUCACCUGUUAUCUACAACUAUGGUGAUGACAGCCUACAGGUGGCCGUUCAUAUGGAACAAGCCGAAGGACUCUGCUCCCCUGGCUCUGCCACCACCACAGCGUUUGUUAACAUCACUGUGGAGCCACAUUCUUCCCAGUUUGUCUCUUUCUCUGCAGUCCCCAUGGUAACAGGGUCCAUACCCAUCACAAUACGUCUCUAUGAUAUAGAGAAUGAGAUGGGAGUGGACGCAAUUCAAAAGACUUUGAAUGUGUGGACUGAAGGAUUAGAACAGAGACUAGAAGAAACCCGAGUGAUUAAGUUGGAUGGGCUGAGCACAAAGACCUUACCUAUUGAUGGAACUUUACCAGAUGAAGUCAUGCCAGACUCCAGCUCCAAUCUUUUUAUUUCAGCAGAAGAGAAUGGAUUUCAUACACAAGUGAAAAACCUUCUAAAUCCGGAGAGGGUUGCCGGCCUGAUCGUGUUGCCUAAAGGAUGUUUGGAACAGACAACAGUACGACUUGCUCCUACAGCUUCAGCCCUGCGGUACCUUGAUCUGAGUGACCAAUGGCUUCACUUGCCUGCUGGUGCCAGGGAUAAGGCUCUUGAUGACAUUAUCAAAGGUUAUACCAGGAUUUUCGACCACAGGUCACGUGAUGGAUCUUAUGCAGCAUGGAGUUCUGUGCCAUCCAGUAACUGGCUGACUGCCCUCAUAGUAAAGAUUCUGUCCUUGGUGGGGCAGCGUCAGACAGCGGCUUUAGGACUGCAGGGCCGGAUAACUGGGGUUGUGCCUGCAGCGGAGAUUGAGAGAUCAGUCCGUUACCUGCUCUCAGUACAGAAGACAGACGGGUCAUUCAUUGACCCACAUCCUGUGUUACACAGAAAUGUCCUGGCGGGCAAAGACCAUGCUGCGUCCAUGACGGCUUUCAUCACUCUGUCGCUGCAACUGUCCCUUGAAUUUCUGCAAAGUGAAGCACGAAAUAAUGUGGAGGAAAGUAUUUCAAGAUCAACCACAUAUCUCAUGUCCAACGUAAGGGAGCUUCAGCAUCCAUACGCUGUUGCCAUCACUGCCUACUGCCUCGCCGUUCGCCUGCCAAAGGGAACAGAUCUAUCAACUAUCUGGACAAAACUUGAAGCUAUGGCAACCGAAGGGAAGGAUGGCUGUUACCUGUGGACAAAAGAUGCUAGCACACGGAAUCAAAAGAAGGCUGAUGCCAUCACAGUAGAGACUACGGCCUACGCCCUCCUCACUGCAGUGGCACUUGAGAAAACCCAGGUGGCAGAUAAAGCAGCAUGCUGGUUAGUCACCCAGGAAAACUACUUUGGAGGCUACAAAUCCUCACAGGAUACCAUCAUGGCACUGGAAGCCCUCGCUGAGUAUCAGCUAAAGAGGCCUGUCAGUUCCGAUACAAAUUUACUUGCAGAGUUCACUGUCCCAGGAAAGAUCGACAUUGUAAAGCUUGUGCUGGUAAAUCAGGAGAAGGUGGAAACAAGCCUGAAGAAACUUUCAGGGAACAACAUCGUUAUGCAGUUGUCAGGAAAAGGAGAAAUCAAACUAAAAAUUGUGAAGGCUUUCCAUAUACUGGAUCCCAAGGACGACUGUGCCGAACUGUCUAUCAGCGUCACAGUGGAGGGGAAAGUAAAGUACACCGCUAAGGUCAUAGAAACAUAUGAAUACUAUGAUGACUUCGAUAACAUCGAGGAAAAAGAGCCGUCAGUGCCACAAUCAGCGAUUGAUCGGUCCGAUGAUCGCACCCGAAGCAGGAGAGACGUCGAUACCACCGGAAAUUCAAACAAUGUUGUCACCUAUACAGUCUGUGUCAGUCAAAGCGUGAAUAACAGUCUCACAGGAAUGGCGAUUGCUGACAUCACACUACUGAGUGGAUUUGAAGUUGAAACUGAGGACCUGGAAAAGCUAACACGGUUACCUGAGCAAUACAUUUCCCAUUAUGAAGUCUCCUACGGAAGGGUGCUGAUCUACUUCAAUGAGUUCUUUGAGAAAAAGGAAUGUAUUAGUUUCGAUGCCAUACAGAGAGUUCUUAUCGGCCUUCUGCAGCCUGCUCCAGCUGUGUUCUAUGACUAUUAUGAACCAAGCCGAAAGUGUACUGUGUUCUACUCUGCCCCCAAAAGAAGCAAGCUGGUCUCCAAACUGUGUUCAGAGGAUGUGUGCCAGUGUGCAGAAAGGCCGUGUCAUAAACAAAAAAUGACGUUUUCAUCUGAAAGUUCUGAAGCACUGACGAAGAAUGACCGCUUUGAACAUGCUUGCUUCCACCCCACAGUAGAUUACGCAUACAUUGUUGACGUUGUCGAUGUUUCAAUGAGGAGCAACUUUCAGAUGUACAGCUCUACAAUAACCCAGGUUCUUCGAUCAAAUGGAGAUAUGCAUGUUAAGGAAAAUUCAGUUCGAGUGUUUGCUAAGAGGCGUCAGUGCAAAGUAGAGUUGAUUCCGGGAAGCAUGUACCUCAUCAUGGGCAAAGAUGGCUCCACCACCGACUCCAAUGGAGAGAUGCAGUAUCUGUUGGAAUCAAACACCUGGGUGGAGAAAAAGCCUUCAGACAGAGAGUGUGAAAAAUCUGCUAAUCGAGCUGCCUGCAGAGACUUUUCUACAUUCGUGAACGAGUACAAGCUGGACGGCUGCAAACAGUGAAGCCAAUCUGAGAGCUCUUUUCUCACUUCUCAUGAUAUUAUACCCCUGCAUUGCUUAUAAACUAUAAUACAUGAACAGUCUAUUGUAUGAAUGCAUUUGUAAGUGCUGAGACAUCAGUCUCCACCACGGUCUCAUUUUAACAUGUACCGCUUCAGUGACAUAUCUUUAUGUCUGAGAAACAGCAGCCAGUUUUCAAAUAAAAAACAACAGCAAGUGCC